AUGGGAUGUCUCACGAUACGGGAUGGCAGAUGACACCACACCGGUGUGGUGUCAUGAGACAUCUCAGUAUCGUGAGACAUCCCAUCCUGUAUACAUACAUGAAUUUCGAUACGGUACCGUGUCUUUUGUCGACUGCUUGUCGGGAUCUAUCCCACCCAAGUUUAUUUAUAUUAUUAUGAAAGCAAAUGAUGACGUAUGUGUGUAUAUAACUAGGAUAUCAGCAAUCACUCUUCUUCUUCUUGUGACCUGUUCCGCUUUGCAUCGCUUUUUAGGACCUCCUUGGUACUUUUUCACACUUAGAUGCUUCACUUACUUACUCUGUGACAGUAAAGAUUGGGUUCCGCGAUGCGAAAUUAAGAAUGGGAUGUCUUACGAUACGGGAUGACACCAUACCGGGUUCGAUUACCGGACGAAGUGGAGACGGAAGGGCAGUCUUUAAUCCGUGGCUCCUGCAGGGAAUGGAUACCUGGUUAAGUCGGGUGUGUGUUCCGCCUCCCGGGUGUGUGGCGGGGUGAGUAAGGUGUGUGGAUAAACCUCCUUGGUCUGCAUCAUGUAGAAAAAUGUGUGUGUGUGUGUGUGUGUGUGUGUGUGUGUGUGUGUGUGUGUGUGUGUGUAGGACAUGCACGUUUGGUAAUCUGCAGUAAUAAUGGGGAGGAGAAGGAGGAGGAGAUUCGGAAACGGAGGUAUCACGAAUGUUUUAAAAUUUUCUUACUUCGUUUUUCUUCGAUUGAUCUGAUGACAAUGAUCUGAUGAUGCGUGUUGUUGUUGUUGUUGUUGUUGUUGUUGUUGUUGUUGUUGUUUGUUUAGUCUUUAAUUUCGCCGAAGACCUUGUCGUCGUCAGCGUUUAUUUUUGUUGCUUCUCUAUCACUCCUCCAAGAUAAAUGGAUGAGGGUAGUGAGGGUAAUCGAGGGUGAUGUAGAGGGGCGUAAGGGAUCGGCAGGACACGGGAAGGACAAGGGAAUGAGGGAAAGAGAAUGCCACAGUCAGGUGAGGGUCAGAGACAUUGCCGAGGAGAGGAGGAGGAAGAGGAGGAGCGUGGAAGGCGUGGAGGAAAUGGUUAUGAAAAGAAAAAAAAAAAGCAGUAUUCCCACCUCUCGAGAAGAUAGUUCUCCAGUCCGCCACAGUUCAGCAACGGGGAGGGUCGUGCUGUGAAGACUGCUGCUGGAACUGGUGGAGAGAGGACAAGGAUGGGUCGCCUGAACGUGGCGGCAACACUCAUGGUGGUGCUGGUGGUGGCGACGUGUAGCCGGGCUCAGGAAGGCAGUGGUUGUACCGAUGCCAGCGGGCUGGCAGGGCGGUGCAUCAGCAUCAGAAACUGCCCACCGCUGCGGCAACUCCUGCAAUCACUGAGUGGCAACACGCCUAACCCAAAUGCUCUGGAAAUUUUGCGAAGGUCGGUUUGUUCUUUUGCGAACAACUUGCCGUUGGUGUGCUGUGGCAGAACUUCCCCAAACUCCACAUCGACUAACCCUGUGGCCACUUCCUCGGGGCGUGACCUCUUGCCCAGUCGGUGCGGGGUGACGGGUCUCACUGAUAAAAUCAUUGAUGGUGAAGACGCUGAUCUGCUGGCUUGGCCCUGGAUGGCAGUGCUCAGAGGCAAAUUUCCAGGGCAGUCAAGGUCCCAAUGGUACUGUGGCGGCGUCCUCAUCAACGACCGCUACGUGCUCACUGCCGCCCAUUGCUUCAAAACCGGCAUCAGCCCCAGGCUGGAGUUUGUGAGGCUGGGCGAGCACACCUUCAACAGCAACCCCGACUGCCAGCAAAACCUGUGCGCUCCCUCGCCGCAGGACAUCCCGGUGGAGCAGAUCAUUCCACACCCGCAAUACGAGUCGCCUUGCAGAGAGUGCAACGACAUCGCGCUGCUUAGACUGGCCAGGCCCGCCACACUGGACUUCCUUCAUGUGGUACCCAUCUGCCUGCCGGUCGAUCCUCUCAAGGACAUGGGCUUCUCGGAAGAGGAGUUUCAAGGGAAAUUUGCCUUCGCUGCUGGCUGGGGUUCCCAAUCCAGGGACCCCAACAGGCCCGACCCAGCAGAUACAUUGCAGCAGGCUCUCCUCCCCAUCGGAGAAGGGGAAUUCUGCUUGUCGAGACUCAAGAGAGGCUACCCUGACAAUCGCAUGACUCUUUGUGCUGGCGGGCAGGGCAAAGACACCUGCAAAGGAGAUUCAGGCGGACCACUGAUGCUCGCCAACAAGUUUGAAACAAGAAGAUUUGUUGUCGGCAUCACCAGUCUUGGUCCUACCGUGUGCGGCACGAGGGGCACUCAGGCACUAUACACCAACGUUCAUUACUACGCCCAAUGGAUUAUUGAUACUCUUCGUCCCUAGAAUGCUGUGCACCAACAUUUAGGGAAGAAAGGGAUAUUUAGAAAUAAGAUUUAUUUGAUCAUGCGACAGAAAUUACAAAGUCUUUGAGCAUGAAACUUAUGUCAUAGUUAUUUAAGCAUGAGACACAAGUUCAGAUAUAUUUGAGUAUGAGACAAAUUCAGAAUGAUCUAGGCAUGAGACAAUACUCGUUCUUGAAAUUGUAAAUCUUUUAGAAAUAAGAAAUAGCCUCAAAUGAACACUUUUGGUUUGACAGCA